CGUGCCUCUGGCAGAUAGCUCAGACUUAUUUUCCAGUUCUUCAAGACUAAGAAACUGUUAAAAUGGCGUUUUCGGUGAUGGGUCUCUGAAAACUUCAAUUCUGCACUCUUCAAUCUUCAUUCAUACUGAAUCCAGACUGUGACAUAAUUUAAGCAACUAAACUUGCAAGAAAGUAAAAAAGAUGAAGUUUGGGAAGGAGUUCAAGAAACAAAUGGUGCCCGGGUGGGCAGAAGCCUACAUGGAUUAUAAUGGCCUCAAGAGGAUAUUGCGAGAGCUAAGAGAGUACAAGCAAAGUAAGCAGCACCCUGCUGUGACAUCUUCUAGAGACUUUGAGCAGAAACCGCUUCCUGACGGAACAUUGAAUGGAGGAGGAGAUGUCGAGGACCAAGUAAUAGAUGUGAACACAUUGCGUGGAGGUGGUUCCAAGCAGUUUUAUAAGACCAAGUUCUUGAGGCCGUCAGAGGAAGGAGGAGAAAUUGAGGUGACAUUCUUCAGAAAACUUGACGAAGAGCUCAACAAGGUCAAUACAUUUUACAAGGAAAAAUUGGAGGAGGUGAAGCAGGAAGCAAGUCAGUUGAAUAAACAAAUGGAUGCUUUGGUUGCACUGAGGAUUAAGAUGAAGAUUCCGCAUCAAGAUGGCUCAAGUUCAGGGAGGCAUGACAAUGUUGAUUCUCCAAUGCCUCUUACAAGGAACACAAAUGCACCUGAUACUUCAGGAGUUGAGCUUAGGGCAUUGGAAUCUGGAGUAAAAGCAAAUGAUAAGGAUCAGCAAGAACCAUGCCCUGGUGCCUCAGUUGCUGAUCCACCACAUGCUAACAUUUCUAGAAGUGAUAGCAGAGAGGUGUUGCAUACCUAUGACUAUAGCCAAGAUCCUCUGGAAAUUCUUGAGGGUGUGAGAAUUAAUAAUACACUUGAAUCUUCAAUAUCAACCAUCAAAGGUGUUUUUAAGGACUCAAAAGAAGAGCAGUUGAGCUUUGAUAAAGAGGAGCUGAGGAGAGCGGAAGAACGACCAAGGGUGGCAUUUAUUGAAUUUUACCAUAAGCUUCAACUUCUAAAGCACAACAGUUUUAUGAACCUCUCUGCAUUUUCCAAGAUUAUGAAGAAGUACGAAAAGUUCUCAUCAAGGAGAGCAUCCAGGUCAUACAUGCAAAUAGUAGACAACUCUGAUCUUGGAAAUUCUGAUGAGGUUACUAACCUCAUGGAGAGGGUGGAGGCUACCUUCAUCAAGAAUUUUUCACACUCAAAUCGUAGAAAAGGUAUGACGUUACUGAGGCCAAAAGCAAAACGAGAGAAGCACAAAGUAUCGUUUUUAUCGGGUUUCUUUUCUGGCUGCUCAAUUGCUCUACUGGUUGCUAUUGUAUUAAGAAUAAAAGCUCGAAAAAUAACGAAUAAGAAGGAGGGCACACAGUAUAUGGAAAACAUUUUCCCACUACACAGUUUAUUUGGAUACAUUGUCCUACAUUUGCUCAUGCAUGCUGGCGAUAUAUACUUCUGGAGGCGUUAUCGGAUAAACUAUCCAUUUAUAUUUGGUUUUGAGAAAGGAACUGAGUUGAGUUACCGAGAAGUUUUCCUUCUCAGCACUGGUCUUGCAGUACUUGCAUUGGGCGGUUUCCUAGCAAACUUACACUUGGAAAUGGACUCGAGUGGUAAACAUUACAAGACAGUCAAUCAGAUGAUUCCUUUGGGCUUACUUAUUUUGAUCCUUGUCAUCACCUUCUGCCCUUUUGACAUCCUAUACCGUUCAAGUCGUUUCUUCUUCACUCGGACCUUAUUCCGCUGCAUAUGCCCUCUUUACCCGGAGACAUUCUCAGACUUUUUCUUGGCAGACCAGCUUACUAGCCAGAUGCAAACCUUGAGCAGUUUUGUGUUAUACAUCUGCUACUAUGGUUUGGGAGAAUAUUCAAGGAGGCAAAGCAAGUGCCAUGAGCACGGCGUCUACAAUACUUUGUAUAUUGUUAUUGCUGUCAUACCAUUUUGGAUGCGCUUCCUGCAGUGCAUUCGUCGACUGUGUGAAGAAAAGGAUUUGAAGCACUUGUGCAGGGGUUUAAAGUACUUUUCGACGAUUGUUGCAGUUAUCGUAAGAACUGUUUAUGAGCUGAAAAAAGGAAAGACCUCCUGGAUGGUGUUAGCUUUGAUCAGCUCUCCUGUUGCAACAAAGAUGAAUACAUAUUGGGACAUUGUAGUAGACUGGGGACUUCUACAAAAGCGAUCAAAGAACAAAUUUUUGAGAGAUAGACUUCAAGCACAGAAGGGCGUGUAUUUUGCAGCUAUGGUAAUGUUUAAAUGA